AUUCUUUAUAUUGCCGGUGGCAUUUGUUAACCUAGCUCUACUAUAAUUUAAAAAAAAAAAAAGAAAGCUAGCUUUACUCUCAUCAAAAUGGCAUCGGAGGAAGACAAUGCGCUGCGUCUCGUGAAUACUGAUGACGACUCGGACUCCCGCAUGAUUAAUAAGAUGGCAACGGUGGAGUCUGAGAUUUCUGAGAAAGAGAAAGAGGAGAUUCGGCUACUUUAUGAGAGAGCAGAAAGAAGGGGGCCCGCCAUCAGCUACUUUCCCCGUCGGCGAAAACCAGCGCAGAAACAACGAGGAGUCUUUGAACCAAAUAAGUCUGAGAUUUCUGAGAAAGGGAAAGAUGAAACUCUCUACCCUCCUGGUCGAGAAGCAGACCUUGCAUUAAAUGUGAAGAAACUACGAUCAGAACUGAUUCGCCUCGGCCUAUUUGAUGAGGAAGCCCGAAGAAGAACUUCGUCAAGAUAACAAUACAUGCUUAUUAUAUUGCUGCUGUCUGGAUUCAAAUAUUAUAUACCAUAUAAUAAACUGCAUUAUGUAGAUGGAAUUUGGAAUCUACAUGGAUAGAUAAACAUUUGUGUUUAUAAUUUAGGUUGAGUUUUCAAAUGGAUAGAUAGCAAUAAUAAUAAUGGAUUGCAAACUAAAAUGGAGGGUCCAAUAUAGAAAUUGAGAAAAGAACCAGAAUUCAAUUUGAACAGAGUAUUAAGAGUUAUGAC